AUGGGCUCACAAGAAGCCCUUUGCAUUGACCGCUGCUACGUUGACUUGAUUGACAGUCCAGAUUGUGAUGACCACGCUUGGGGGAAAGAAGUUUUUUAUUUCACUCUUUACUAUAUGAAGAAGUCAAUUCAUACUAGAGAGCAAAUGCACAUUUAUGAGAAGCCCGAGGGUGCUGGAUAUCUGUACAGGUGUUAUGGCCUUAUCUUGGCUCUCCAGACGUGGUUCUACGAGGUUUGCGACACCGCUGAAGGUGUAAUAUGCACCACUGUUGGUGAACAUGAUAUACCGAGGAUAUUGAAAUGGGAAGUUCGUGACAGUUACAACCGCCUUUUUCUGCAGAGGACCUUCUUAAAUCUACCCCACACCAAAUUUAAAAACAUUGUUCCUACCGAGGAGGAGAAACAUACAUUUUCGUUGGACUCAUUUUUCAAACAAAAAAAUGAGUUGACUCGGAAUGAGAUUGCAUCAAGCCCCACUACUCAGCUUUCCAACGAUGUUGAUGUUAUAAAACGUCUCGACUCAAUCAGCGCUGAACUCGAGAGCUUGAAACAAGCCUUUUUCGAGUUCUCGAGGCGUGUUAUCGCCGAAUUUGAGUUGUUCAGAGAAAAAUUCAUUACGAGUGUCAAGUCUCCCGUCAGAGGCUUCAGAACAAAAUCUGAAGCACUUAUGAAGAGCAAAGCAGACAAAUCCGGACAUGUGCAGAAGAAUGUAGAUGAAGAGAGAUUGAAUACCGGACCUGUCGGUAAGAAUGUAAUGGAGGAGGCAGUGAUUUCAGAACCUGUAGAGAAGAUUAAAGCUGGAAAGGCAGUUAAUCGAGGACUUGUGCAGGAGGAGCAGGAGUAUGUAGCUGGGAAUGGAUUGAAUGAAGUGCAAUUCGACGCACGAGAAAAAAAUGCUAUGGUGGUGUAUGAUCCCAAGCAUUCGCGCCCACUAGCCGGCGACUUUGAUAUAACUACAUCUGGAAAAGUGCACACGGGAGUCUACAAUGAUUGGAUUGUUGAAGGCUUGCUCCAAAUAGCCCCUCGUAAAGUCGCAAACGGGUACAAUUAUUGUAAGGUAAAGAGCAGAAAGUUGCCAACACCGUUUGAUUUCAACGUCGCUUCUGUGACCGACAAAAAUUGGUUCUAUCAUAUUAAUGAGACAGGAUGCUUCCUCGACAGUAGUGCGUACGUUGAGCUUAUCCCCAUUUUCCUUGACUUGGUGAGGUUUCCCAAGAAAGCAGUGCACGGUCCACUUGAGGUUGUUAUGGUGGAUAAUGUCCCCCGGCAGCUAAAUAGGUGUUAUGGCCUUAUCUUGGCUCUCCAGACGUGGUUCUACGAGGUUUGCGACACUGCUGAAGGUGUAAUAUGCACCUCUGUUGGUGAACAUGAUAUACCUAGGAUAUUGAAAUGGGAAGUUCGUGACAGUUACAACCGCCUUUUUCUGCAGAGGACCUUCUUAAAUCUACCCAACACCAAAUUUAAAAACAUUGUUCCUACCGAGGAGGAGAAACAUACAUUUUCGUUGGACUCAUUUUUCAAACAAAAAAAUGAGUUGACUCGGAAUGUGAUUGCAUCAAGCCCCACUACUCAGCUUUCCAACGAUGUUGAUGUUAUAAAACGUCUCGACUCAAUCAGCGCUGAACUCGAGAGCUUGAAACAAGCCUUUUUCGACUUCUCGAGGCGUGUUAUGGCCGAAUUUGAGUUGUUCAGAGAAAAAUUCAUUACGAGUGUCAAGUCUCCCGUCAGAGGCUUCAGAACAAAAUCUGAAGCACUUAUGAAGAGCAAAGCAGACAAAAGAGGGUUCACCUACGAGCCACACCCCAUCUUUGGUUAUGCAUUGAAUGGAUCACAGCCGUCGUUUGAUGCUAUAACUGUUGGUCUACCACCGACACCACCACAAAAAAAAGUUAUUCCAGAUCAGCAAAAUAAUGAGGAGCAGGAGGAUGUAGCUGGGAAUAGAUUGAAUGAAGUGCAAGCCGACGCACGAGAAAAAAAUGCUAUGGUGGUGUAUGAUCCCAAGGUAGAUGUUGUGAAGAAAACCACAAAAUCAAGAAAAAAGUUGAAGACAGAUGUUUCUAUCAAGACAGUAAUACGACUUCAGCACUCGCGCCCACUAGCCGGCGACUUUGAUAUAACUACAUCUGGAAAAGUGCACACGGGAGUCUACAAUGAUUGGAUUGCUGAAGGCUUGCUCCAAAUAGCCCCUCGUAAAGUCGCAAACGGGUACAAUUAUUGUAAGGUAAAGAGCAGAAAGUUGCCAACACCGUUUGAUUUCAACGUCGCUUCUGUGACCGACAAAAAUUGGUUCUAUCAUAUUAAUGAGACAGGAUGCUUCCUUGACAGCAGUGUGUACGUUGAUCUUAUCCCCAUUUUCCUUGACUUGGUGAGGUUUCCCAAGAAAGCAGUGCACGGUCCACUUGAGGUUGUUAUGGUGGAUAAUGUCCCCCAGCAGCUAAAUAGGUAA